GGGCAGACUCACUGGAGGGACGAGGAACCGAUGUUCUACGCACUGCAACGCUUUCAGCAGAACACUAAGGUGUUGGUGCUGGUUGACUACAGGUUUCGACGGAACUUUGAGAUCACCAGUUGGAUUUUGAGUAAGUUGUUGAAGUUCAACAAGGUUGUUUAUCUGGAUAUUAGGAAGGUCUUGGUGAUUUGGACGGACAUUGAUGGGAAAUUUGCGAAGGUUUCGUCGCAUUACUCUGAUCCGAACGAGCUGUUUGGCGAUUCUGCUCGUAAUUUGGAAGGUCGAAACGUAACCUACACCUGGAGGCAUCAUAAAGGCGUGAUGAGGUCAAUGCAGUUUGACCCUGUCGUUCGUUGGGUUACGGAAACGGCCGAGCUUCUUCAAGGACGUGCUCAACCGCUGAAGAAUCCCUGCCCGAUCUCUGCAAAACUAUUUGACGAGUGCUACACCAGGCAUAUUACAUCGGGUUUUGUUGACAUUUCCAUCGAUUCGGUCGUGCUCAAUGGGUACAAUCGAGCAAGUAGUCGCACAAUUUUCUCCAACGUUCCGGUAAUUGACCAGCUGAUUGUACCGAAGGGCAGGACUCUUCCGAUUUUGGAGGUAUUUUUCAUGCCGUACUCCCGUUCGGUUUGGGCUUUAAUACUAGGAGUUCUGUUCACGGUUGAGAUCAUUAGCUUGCUGAAGCCAUCAUUGUUUAAAAACAAUCCCAUGCUUUUGGUGGUUUGUGGUUUCGAACAAAUCAGCUUGCACCGAACUGGUAUUUUCGAGAGAAUCGUUCUUCAAAUUUUAGUUGUUGUGUUUGUCUUCCUUUUGAACUCUUAUGAAAUUAAAAUUACUUCAUUGAUGACCGCCAAACCUUUAUCAAAAACUCCCAAAACGCUGAACGAUCUAGUUGAGCUGAGAAUCAAUGUUAAAAUUGACAGCAGAUUCAAUCCAUACUUGGCUGAAAAUCCCCAAAUCGGGGAUUUGGUCAUCAACGGAACCAUCGAUUAUCAGGACUUGGAUGGUGUCAGUGCGUACAACAUCGACGUCAACUGGAUGCACUACAUGGCGCAUGUUCCGUAUCUGGACUACUAUCGCCGCCAAAAGGGUUACUGUUUGCUGCAAGAAACUCUGGGAAGUGGCGUCAUCGGCUAUUAUACCGCAUAUCGGAUGCCAUUAUACGAACAUUUUCGUCAAUCACUUGGUGCCUUUGAAGAGGCUGGAAUGUUUGCACACUGGAGAAGUGAAUACUUUAACUCACGGCGAAAUCCUCAACUCAGUUCCAGCAAUAUUGUUCACCAAAGAUGGCUAGCUCUAAAUCAGGAUGACGUUAUACUGGCAUGGAUUGCACUAGCCAUUGGUUUUAUCAUGGGAGGAUUUGUGCUUAGCAUGGAGAUUUUAGGAUGUAUGCUUCUGCAGGAAAACUGUAAACAAUGUUUUCUUAAACUUGCAGUGAAAUGCAUGGAAUAUAUCAUGUCUCGAACAAGUAAAUUUUGUAAAAUAUAUCAAAGAUAAGUUGGAGAGUCGUCAAACUGUGAUGCAACAUUUCUUAUUUUUUCCAAACAACCCGUCCCUGCUUCAAGGAUGCAAAAGUUUGCACAUCUUUCCGGCGGUUCGCCGGAACUUCCUAAUCAUAUUUACGGCCCCCAAGAAGCUCAGCAUAACGAAAUAUUAUUUUUUGCUCCCUCCUCAGCUGGUCGCACGAGUCAGUGCCACACGUGAGUCCAUGCAAAC